AUGACCGAGGAAAAGGGAAAACGCCGAGACUUCAAGGGGAAGUCGAACGGCAAGAUUUCGAUAGAGAAGGAAGAUAUCCCAUUUAUCGGAGGGUCUGAACGUCCGAGCAAAAUCACAACGAUCCAAUUUACGAUGUUUGAUAAGACACAGAUGAACCGCAUUGGAGAGUUUGAAGUGAACCAACCGAACUUGUUUGUUAUUGGGUCGAGACAACCGAAUCCGGAUGGAGUUUUGGAUCGAAGACUGGGAGUGUGUGAUUCUGUGAACACAUGCAAGACAUGCGGGAAGAAUGUCGACGAGUGUUGCGGGCACUUUGGAGAGAUCAAUUUAGCGCUUCCGGUGUUCCAUAUCGGAUUCUUCCGCCCGAUCAUUCAAGUGUUGCAAUGUGUCUGCAAGAACUGUAAUAGACUGUUGUUGACUGACGAGGAGCGGGAAUACUACUUGAAACGAAUGAGAAACAAAACGACGGAUACCAUUCAGAGGACGAUGUUGGUCCGUGCGCUCAUAGUUCAAUGCAGAAAACACUACAAUGGGUGUCCGCACUGUAACGCUAUCAAUGGAAGUGUGAGGAAAUAUGGCAACAUCAAAUUGGUGCAUGACAAGUAUCACAAAGAUCCCAAUUUGAAUGAGAUGAACGAGUUUUACGACGGGUUUGAUGAAAGUAUUAAGAUGGACAAGGAAAUUGGCGCGUUUCUUGGGAACGCACAGGAGGACUUGGACCCGUUGAGAGUGUUGAAUAUAUUCAAGUCGUUGGUUAGAGAAGAUAUCGAGGCGAUGGAUUUCUCACCGGACGCACCGCCAGAGAAAUUGAUAUUGACUUCUGUGCCUGUCCCGCCAUUAACUAUAAGGCCGUCCGUCUCGAUGGAUGGUGGGAAUGCAUCGAAUGAGGAUGAUUUAACAACGCAAUUGAAAGAAGUAGUCGAGUGUAACACGAAGAUCAUUGCUUUAAUGGAGAAGGGAUAUUCCCCAUAUCAAUUUUAUGAGGCGUGGGAUCAACUGACUGUUGCGGUGUCGUUGAUCAUUAACUCUGAUUUGCCGAUGUGUGAGGAGAAAGGGAAACCGUUGCGAUCGUUGUGUCAACGACUGAAAGGGAAACACGGUCGAUUUAGAGGGAACUUAUUGGGGAAAAGAGUCGACUUUUCGGGAAGAACUGUCAUUUCCCCCGAUCCCAAUUUGGACGUGGAACAACUUGGAGUACCUCAGUUGAUGGCAAUCACACUGACAUACCCCGAGAGAGUCACGCGGUAUAAUAUUGAGAAGAUGCGUCAGUUGGUAAGAAAUGGUCCAGACACAUAUCCUGGGUGUAAUGGGAUUAUUAUGAUUGAUGGCAACAGACGAUCCAUGAUGAUCAAGCCCGAGAUGAGAGAAAAGUUUGCGAAGGAACUGCGGAUUGGAGAGAUUGUUGAAAGACAUUUAGAAGAUGGGGAUAUUGUGCUCUUCAACCGACAGCCGUCACUCCAUCGAAUCUCAAUUAUGUGUCACAUUGCUAAGGUCUUACCGUGGAGAACUAUGAGAUUCAAUGAGUGUGUGUGUACGCCGUAUAAUGCAGAUUUCGAUGGCGAUGAAAUGAACUUGCACGUCCCACAAACAGAAGAAGCGCGUGCUGAAUGUUUGAUGUUGAUGCACUCUGCAAAGAACUUACAAACGCCAAGAACAGGACAGAUGAUCAUUGCAGAGACUCAGGAUUUCUUGACAGUGUCAUUCUUGUUAACGGCGAAAGACUUUGUUGUGACCGAAGAAGAGAUGAUGCUGUGGUCAUGUUGGUUCCACAACGCUGGUGUCGAGAUCCGAUUGCCGACACCGGCGUAUUUGAAACCGAAGAAGUUGUGGACUGGCAAACAGUUGUACGGCCUUGCGUUGCGACCAAAUCCGAAUUUUGGGGUGGACAUUUGUCUUGAUGCGCCAAGCAAGAAUUACAGUAAAGAGGGGAAAUGGAUGUGUAUGAAAGAUGGGUGGAUCUGCUUCAAACAUAGUCAAUUGGUGUGUGGACAAAUCGACAAAGCGAUUAUAGGGUCUGGGAACAAGAGUGGACUGUUCCACUUGAUAUUGCGGGACUACGGACUUCUCGACAGUGCAAAGAUGAUGGCGCACAUUUCGCGCUUCUGUGCGAGAUUUUUGGGGGACUACGGAUUCUCCAUUGGGAUUAGUGACGUCACUCCGUCAUUGUCAUUAACACGAAUGAAAGAAGAGUUAGUUGGCGAGGGGUAUGCAAAGUGUGAUCAGUUCAUUAAGAGUUAUAAUGACGGGAAACAAGAGAUUCAACCGGGUUCAACGCCAGAGCAAACACUUGAAGCGUUGCUGAACUCCGAGUUGUCACAAGUCAGAGAACGAGCUGGGAAGAGGUGCAUUGACGAGUUGCGAUGUGACAAUUCGCCGUUGGUUAUGGCGCUUUGUGGGAGUAAAGGGUCGGUGAUUAACAUUUCGCAGAUGAUUGCGUGUGUCGGGCAACAGACUGUGAAUGGAGGACGAGUUUCUGAUGGGUUCAUAUCGAGGAGUUUGCCACACUUUCCGUUACACUCGAGAACGCCACAGGCCAAGGGGUUUGUCAAAAACUCGUUCUUCACGGGGCUCAAUGCGACCGAAUUCUUUUUCCACACUAUGGGUGGGAGAGAAGGUCUUGUAGAUUCUGCUGUGAAGACUGCCGAGACCGGAUAUAUGCAGAGAAGACUGAUGAAGGCGUUGGAAGACUUGCAUGUCCAUUAUGAUGGGACGGUUCGAAGUGCGGGGAUGACGGUGAUUGAGUUCAAAUAUGGUGAUGAUGGGUUGGACCCUUUGAAAGUCGAGUGUGAUAUCGAUCCCAUCAACUACGAGUCGGUUUUAGCUAAUUUACAACAACACCAGAAGACCGAAGACUUGUACAUCACCCCCAAAACCUUUGAUUCUUAUUACAAAGAAGCGCUCACCGGUGUUCAAAUAGUCACCGAUUUGUGGAAAUCGCAACUUGAUGUGUUUAUGGAGAAAAAGAAGAGUGAGAUGAGUGAGGUAUACACUCAUUACUCGGAAAAGAGUGUGAGGGAUGGGUUGUGUGGAAUUACUGUCGACACGAUGAAGAAGUUUGUCAAAGUGUGCGAACAAAAGGGGCUGAGAAAUAUCUGCGAACCGGGGACCCCAGUGGGCGCCCUUGCUGGUCAGUCCAUGGGUGAACCGUCCACACAGAUGGUCUUGAAAACGUUCCACUUUGCGGGCGUUGCCUCGAUGAAUAUUGCACUUGGUGUUCCUCGUAUUAAGGAAAUUAUUAAUGCAAGUAAGAAGAUCCAAACCCCGAUUGUGACAGCAAAGCUUGUCAACUCAAAAGAUGUGACUUCGGCUCGUAUUGUGAAAGGAAGAAUUGAAGCGACCAAAUUGAAAGAAAUAGCGAAGUCGGUGAAGAUUGUAUUUAAGCCGGCGGAGGCGUACGUGUCGAUCAAACUUGACUUUGAGACGAUCAAACAGUUGCAACUUGAAUGUAGUGCAGAGAAAGUCCACGACAUUUUGUUGAACACGCGGGGUCUCAAAUUGAAAGAGAAACAAGUUUUAGUGAGGAAUGUUGAUAAGCUGCGAGUGUAUGUUGACAAAGUGAACACGUCGCUGUUGUUCUCGUUGAAUGCUUUAAGGAACCAACUUUUGGAAAUCAUUGUGUGUGGGAUAGAAGGCACUGGGAGAGCUGUGAUUAACAAGAGCAAAAUUGGGUUUGAGUUGUUGGUCGAAGGCAGUGAGCUGCUGAAAGUGAUGGGCGUUGCUGGUGUUAUUGGAGAGAGUACCACAUGCAAUCACAUUAUGGUUGUCGAGAAAGUGCUUGGGAUUGAAGCUGCGAGGUCGACCAUUAUCUCAGAAAUUAAGAACGUCAUGGAUGCUUAUGGUCUAUCGAUUGAUAUCAGACACUUGCUCUUGUUGUCCGAUUUGAUGACAUUCAAAGGGGUCAUUCUUGGGAUCACACGGUACGGCAUAUCAAAAAUGAAAGACUCGGUGUUUACAUUCGCUUCAUUUGAAAGAACUAACGACCAUUUGUUUGACGCUGCGGUGCACUCCCGACAAAACGACAUUGCUGGUGUUUCAGAGAGUAUCAUUGUUGGAAACCAAGUAGGGUUAGGUACCGGACUUAUGUCGAUUAUGUACGACCCACCCAAGCCUAUUGUAUUCUACAAGAAGUAUGACCCACUCUUUUGA